CAGCGCCCUGUACAAUGCUGAAUAUUUUGAAGGCGAUAUCUUUAUAGAACCUGGUGAAAAGAAUGCAGUCGUCGAGCCAACACUUCUCUGGCCGAUGGGUGCCAUAGUGUACAAAGUGGAAGACGACAUCGGCUGUCCGGAAUCCCCGCAAUGCGACAUUUUAAUGAAAGCUAUGGACCACUACCACAAAAAGAGCUGCAUCAAGUUCAAAGAGUGGUCCGGCGAAGACAACUACGUACAGAUUUUCUUCAACCGAGGCGAUAGCGGAGCAUGCUGGUCGCCGGUCGGACGUGUGGGCAAGGGACCACAACGGUUGUCCCUGGGGCAGAGAUGCUGGUACCUGGGGAUAGUCAUACACGAAUUGGGUCAUGCAGCGGGCUUCUGGCAUGAAAUGAACCGACCAGACCGCGAUGAUUGGAUCUACAUUUAUUGGAACAACAUAAUACCAAAUUUCGCGCAUGCUUUUGCCAAACACGACUCACACACUGUAAAUAAUCUGGGAGAAACCUUUGAUUACAAAUCGAUAAUGAUGUAUGAUGAAUACGCCUUUUCGAAAAACGGAGUAUCUCCCACGCUUCAAGCAAAAACUGGAUACGAAAUUGGGCCUAUCUGGAAAAAGCCUGGCCUUUCUAAUUCCGAUGUAAGGCGAAUACACAAACUUUACUCAUGCAAAGGAGCGAAGGCUAAAGAUGGUUUUCCCUAUGACACCAUAUGCACAUUUAAUAAGCAUACUUGUGGGUUCAAAAAUGGAGAUUCGUCAAUUUGGAACUGGCGUUCUGUAAAUGAAACUGAUGGAUAUUUGUACAGUACUUUCGAAAGUGCUGGUACCACUCCAGGCUACCUUGUGUCGAUUAAUUUCCACAAUGUGGCAAAACAGGAUAAAAUGAAAGGUCCACUUGGCUGUGUGCGUUUCUGGUACAUGAUUCAGAGCGAUUCCUCUGCUAGCCUCAAGUUAUCCCAAGCAUUCUUGGAAAGAGUUACACAAUUGAAUAACGAUCCUGAAACUACGUUCGAGCUUUGGAGUAAUGAUACAAACUCAGGGAACUGGAUACACGUUGAAAUCCCACUUUAUGUCACGAGGCCAUUCAAGCUGAUAUUUGAAGCUCAGUUCGUCGAAGACAACACAUACGGAACAAUAGCGCUGGAUGAUUUUGAACUUUUAUACACUGAAUGUACAGGGGGCGAAGUCAAUUCACCAAUCCCAGAAAAUAGUGCUUUAGAUAACGCAACGUCCCAAACACCCCUUGUCACAACACCUAUUGCAGUGACGAACACAAUGCAGGAUUUAUUUGAUACUAAGCAGUCCAUUGAUGUUAGCAAGGAUACUGAACACCUACAAUUACUUUGAGCUCCACUGUAAUAAGACAUUUCCAGUAUCUAGAUAAUUAUAAUUUAAACCAUCAUUGAUUUGUCUU